AUGGACAUUGAUCCUGACAAUGCUGAUUCUUAUGGCAGUGAUUGUGGUCACGGUGGUAUUCGUCCAGGAGCUGGUCGUAAGAGGAAAAUACGAUCAUCAUCAAUUGAUAUAAUGACAGAUGCAAGAAGAAAACAUGCUGCACGUCGACAAGAAACAGAUGAAUUGAGAAAAUGGAUAAAUGAAUUAAAAUGGUCGCAUCAAGGUGUUCCAUCGACUCGUCGUGAUAAUGCUACAGCAUUGUUGGUUAUAUUUAAUCUAUUAUUAGAAGAUGAUAAUUUAACACAAACAGAAGCAAUUGAUACAGCUGGUCGAUAUUUAGGUCGUAGUGCUGCUGGUUUACGUGCAUUGGUAGCACAUUGGAAUAAAUAUCAAGAGAUAUACGUUGAAUCAGGUACAAGAGGCAGACCAUUUGGUCAACAAUCAUCAGAAUUAUUUGUAUCUUUACCUCAUUUUGUUAUGACAAGUAUUAUGGAUCGUCAUGCAGAAGGUAAAGCUACUACGGUUAAAGAUAUACAACAAGCAAUUGUUGAUACAUAUCAAGAAUACAUAGGCUAUUGGCCGAUAUAUUAUCUUAUGCAUGAUAAAAUGAAAUUAUCAUAUGGCUUAUUAAAAGACUCGGCCAAGUUAACAGAAGAUGCUGAUCGAAUCAAACGUAUUCGACAAUUUCUGGUCAAAUAUGCCACUGCUCUGAAUUUACAAAAGAAUAAAGAAGCAGUAGUUUGUUAUAUGGAUGAAUCAUAUGUUAAUACAGGUCAUCAUAUGCAUUAUGGUUGGUAUGCAGAUGCAAAUCGAAAUAUUCUUACUGGUACUGGUGUUGGUAAAAGACUUAUAAUAGUUCAUGCUAUUACCAAUGAUGGUCUUCUUCAACAUUUCGAUGCUUCAACAAACAAAACCAUUUCUGCCGAAUUGAUAUAUGAAGCAAAAAAUCCCACAGGCGAUUUUCAUUCUAAUAUGGAUGGUUAUAAUUUUCGUCUAUGGGUAGAACAAUAUUUGUUUCCUGCAUUCGAAGCUAAAUAUGGUCAUCAGAAACGAAUGAUUCUAAUAUUGGAUAAUGCUCCAUACCAUAAGGAACUAGGUAAAGGUUAUAUUAAUGUCAAAUCAAUGUCAAAGAUUGAUAUGAUUAAUCUUCUUAUAUCGAAAAACGUUCACAGUAUAGUAAUUCUUCGAAAUGGACAAGCAAAAAAGUUCAAGAAGGACCAAUGGAAUAUGAAUGGUCCAUCAGGUCCUUAUAAAGAAGAGCUACGAGUAUUUAUCGAAAGUUGGAUCAGACAGUAUCCUGAUCUUCAAAAAACGUUAUUAGAGAAAUUAUUUGAACAAAAAUCAUUUGCUGCAAAAGCCAGUGUAUCUGACUUUCAUUAUUUCAUAUUAACUCCACCAUAUAAUCCUCAAUUUCAGCCUAUUGAAUUAGUGUGGUCUUAUGUAAAACGUUAUGUUGCGAAACAAUUCACGUCUUCUAGAACUGUUCAACAAUUAAUUGAACAAACAAAGAAAGGAUUCUAUGGUGAUGGAGGUGAUCCUGAAGGUAUAUCGACCGAAAUGGUCAGAAACAUGAUUUCACAUGCACAUAAAUACUGUGAUAUAUCUAUUAACAAUGAUCCUGAAUUAGAAGGAUCUAUCGUCAAUUUAAAGAAUGUUAAAGAUUAUGAAGAAAUUUAUGAAAAAGAACAAGAUGAAGAUGAUGAUGAUGAUAUCAAUGUAGAAGAAGAUGACGACAAUUCAAUAACUUAUUAA